UCAGUUGGGUUAUUACAAAGUUUAUCCCUGAGAAAAAAAUGCUCGUCUAUCCUGUACUAUAUAUAACAGAGCUAUUUCAAGGAUAGGUGUUACAGUUGUAUGUUUUCAGUUUUGAAGUUGAAGCAUAAUUUGGAUGCCAAUGGCCUGCUUUCACCCUCAUUCUUCCAUGUUUGUAUUCCUCACCCUACUGCUCAUAGUGCAGGCUUGGAAAGUAUCCACACAUGUAGUUGAGGAUGAUGUGAAGUAUGUAGAGCUGCAGACUGCUGUGGGUGAAAAAAGUUACGGAGGAGUGAAAGCUCACAUUGGUAUGUGUGUUUACUGUGAUAAGGAAUGCAAUAGGAGAUGCUCCAAGGCAUCAGCUCAUGAUAGGUGUCUCAAGUAUUGUGGAAUAUGUUGUGAGAAAUGUAACUGCGUUCCACCUGGUACAUAUGGCAACGAAGAUUCUUGCCCUUGCUAUGCCAAUUUGAAGAACUCCAAGGGUGGACACAAAUGCCCUUAGCACAUUGUCAUACUGAUACUAUAAUGCCCAUUGCUUGGGCAAAAUAAUGGAUUAUGUUUCUAGAUAGCAAUGCUAUAAUCCCCAUUCUUUCCCAGAGAAUGGAUGAUAUGUUAUUGAAUUUAUCAUGAAUCUAAAUUAUAAUUUUAUUAAUUAUUGUUAAAUUGGAAAGGUUCUGAUAGCAGAUAUAGAAGAAACAAUUCUGCAAGUUCUUUGUUACUUUGCAUCAAAGUUUCUGUUUACUUUUUCAACCAAGUCU